AUGCCACUCGAUGAAGGACGCGCUGUCUCGUUUGUCGAGGAAUAUCGCAAAUACCUUCAAUUCCAGUCCACCCUUGAAAUACUUCCCAACCCCCCAGAAGGCUAUCUCAUGCCACCCACAGACCUUCUAGGAGGCCUCGAUGAGAUCCAGGUGAAGGCCGCCAUUGGCUUUUACAGCAAUCAAUAUGACUUUGAUACGGCAAUCUCAGAUCUAGUCAACUCAGCUUACGAUGGCCAUUUGGCUAUCCGAUUAUGCUCCCUUCACUAUUUUGGGUUGGAAAUUGACAUGCCUUUGGUGUCAAUUUCAUCGAACGGCACUGCGCUGCCACAGGUCUAUGCUUAUAACGAUGCUUUGCAACUGCAGGACGAGUCUUCGGUUUCUCCCAUCAUUUCGAUCAACGGAGAAGACGUGAUGGAGUAUCUGCUUAGUGUUGGAUAUGGCUCACAGGAUUGGGAUGCAAUAUACAAUGGCCAGUUCAUGUCCCUUGCUCAAGGCUUGAGCGCCAAUGGAAACUCCAACGGGUUCGAAGGCUCGUUCACCGCCGGUGCCGGGAAGACUGCCUACCACACGGUUGGCUUUGCAAAUGGCUCGACUUUGGUGGUUGAAACUACUGUGACUAUCAGUGGAUUCCCUUUUGACAAUGGUACCUCGCUGUGGGAAUCCCUGUGCCUUCCACAGGAGACCUCUGGCAAAACAUCCGAGGACGAGUCAAAUGAGACUCCAAGUCCGAACCUGCCAGCACCUGAUGGCUAUCCCGAGCCAGUCAUCAGAGAAAAUGCUAACCGUAUUUUGGGGUUUUUGCCUGAUAGCAAGGGACUGGAGGACACCGCUGUCCUCGCUGUGCCCACCUUCGAUGAAACUGUGGGUGACGUGACUGUCACCAACGGCACUGCUGUUUUUGCAAGAAUUGCCCGAGAUUUUAUCUACAACGCAACCUCUGCGGGCAGAACGAAGAUGAUUAUCGAUCUUUCUGGCAAUGGGGGUGGUGUUAUAACCGCGGGAUUGAACCUUUUCAGGCUAUUCUUCCCCAACGAGGAUAUCUACACGGCCGCGCGGUGGCGAGCCCACGAGAGUGUUGACCUGGCUGGGCGAGCAGCUGAGCUUGUGCUUCAGCCCAAUAAUACGAUCUUCCUGAACAGGAAGUCAAAAGUCAAGCCAGACCAAAAAACAGGGUUCGAAUCCUGGAAAGAUCUUUUUGGUCCCUAUGACAUCCUAGGAGUUCCGUCUUCCAGCCUGGUCGCUGAUAAUUUCACCAUGACCUCUACCUCAGAAUCACCGAUCAGUGGCUAUGGCGAUAUUGAUCUAGAUCCAGCCGAGCCUGCUUUCAAGGCUGAAAAUAUCAUCCUCGCAAGAGUUCGCACAAUCGCGUUCGGCGGUCGACCCAAUUACGGCCCCAUGCAAGGAAUGGGAGGCGUCAAGGGGUCCCAGGUAUUCCGGCUCAAAGAUAUAAGCAACAUCGCCGAAAUAGCAACUCUUGCCAUCCAGGAAACCUCCAACUCAUCGGGGCCAAUUGUUGCUCCCGAGGACAUGGAUCAUUUCAAGGACAUUUUCCCUAUUCCUCUCAGUGAUUUCCCUCUCACCCUAACUACAGGUCAAGUGAAUUUGUUAAAUGCGUUCAAGCCCAAUAAUCACAGCCUGCCCCGCCAGUUCAUAUACGAGGCUGCGGAGUGUCGUCGUUAUUUUACCCUGGAUAACAUUAUCACACCGGAAACUUUGUGGGCUUCGGCGGCGGAUGCUAUGUUCAAUGGUGGUGAUUGUGUCCCUGGAUCGACUAAUGGCACUGGAAGCUUGUGGCCUAGCGAGUCUUCAACCCCCCAGGACCUGUCCGCGUUUCAUCGCAUGGUUUAG